AUGGAUCGCGUCGAGUGUUCGGCCGUCUAUAUCGAUGAUCGUGUCAACUCGGAGGGUUGGGUUUCGCGGAGAUUCUCCAGUGCCUCUGCUGUCGCGUCCGAUUCCUCCAUCUUAUCCGAUGUCCCUCAAUCGCUGCGCUCCGAUGUCCAAUUAUUAUUACUCGUGUGCAAGAAAAUCUAUCUUUGCCGCUCCGGGACGUCCUUUGCGAAUAAACUCGCAGAAAUCGGCGAGUUCGGGGAAAAUAACCACCCUGUGUUCGCCUUUUUCGACGUCGAACUAGGCAGAGAAGAUUCCAUCAUCGCUCGCCGCAAGGCGAACCGAGCCUCGUGGCCCGAUCUGGGGCCCCCCUCGCCCACCUCCCUGCGCCGCGGUUUCACCUUUUCGUCGCAAUCGGAAGAAUCUUACGGUCUGCAGUUAUUAUCCGGCCUUUCCUCCGAUAUCCAGCUGCAGGAGUCUCCGAGCCUCAUCAUACCCAUUGCCAUCCUGCGCACCUCCUGCGCGGAACACCCCGACCAUGCCGUCGAACUGCAACAACAGAACCACCUCCUUCCCGACCCUCAACGAAUCUCCAAAUGCCUAGACGCCGGUGCCAUCGACGUCUUGACUACGCCAUUAGAAAAGGCCCGUGUACAAGGCCUGGUCGUACAGGCCUAUCGCACCCAGAAAACUGCCCAGCGACAGCAAUCACGCUUCCUUGCGCGCAGAAAAUCGCGCAAGCAUUCUUGGGUAGGGGUACAUGAUGAACAGCCAUAUGCUUAUCUUCGAGAAGCAAUGGUGUCCAAACUGAUGAAAGGGAUUUGCAAUCCGGAAGAAACCAUUGAAGACUUCCAGGACCGGGAACUGGAUAUCCGACCCGAACGAGAAGAUUACGUCAAAGACCGCAUUGGAAGUUGGGAUUUUACGGCGCAUGAGUUCACCGAAGAUGAGCUUGUCUUUGGUGCCUGCGAGAUGCUCCAGCAUGCGUUCCGGAUGCCAGAACUCGAACCGUGGCGGUUAAGUUCAACCGAACUACGAACGUUUCUCCUGGCCUGCCGUGCCGCCUACAAUUCCUUCGUCCUUUACCACAAUUUCCGACAUGCCAUUGAUGUCCUACAAUCGGUCUUUUGCUUCCUUCUCCAUAUUGGCGCGCUGCCUCCACAUGCUCCGGUCGUGCAAAGUGGCGCCUCAAAAUCUCCCAUUGCUUCCCUCCUUUCUCCCUUUGAUACCCUCACUCUGCUCAUCUCCGCAAUUGGCCACGACGUCGGACAUCCGGGCGUUAACAACUUUUUCCUCGUCAAGUUGAACGCUCCUCUGGCACAGCUCUACAACGACAAUUCCGUUCUGGAAGCGUUUCACUGCGCUGCGUUUUCGCAGAUCCUCCGUCGUCAUUGGCCCGCUGCGUUCAAAGACAAACAGCUACGAAAGUUGCUGAUCAGUUCUAUUCUCGCAACGGAUAUGGGUGUACAUCAGAAGUUCAUGGAACGGCUGGGGUCUCUGCAGGAGAAAUUCCACGAGAACAACCGCAGCAUUAUCGGCUGGAAGUCUCAAGACAUUGACAUGUACAAGACGCUCCUCUGCGGUUUGUUGAUCAAGUGUGCGGAUAUCAGCAACGUCGCCCGGCCGUGGGAUGUGGCCGAACAAUGGACCAAGAUUCUGCAAGAGGAAUUCGCAAACCAGGGUGAAAUGGAGAGGGAAGUGGGCAUGGAGACUGCGCUGUUCGGUGGUCCACCCGAACUGGGUAACACGUACAAGUUGGCGACUGGUCAGAUUGGGUUCAUGUCCAUUUUUGCCGUUCCGCUGUUUGAAGGUGUUUCGGAUAUCCUUCCGCAGUUGAAGUUCACUGUCGAGCAAAUUCGCAGCAAUCAAAGUCGGUGGCAUUAUUUUGCGGACUUGGAGAAGCGGAAACAAUCGCUUCAUGAUGGGCGACUGCUGGAUGAUGGCCACUCGCAGCGCUCUCCUCGUUCUCAGAGUCCGGCUGUUAGCUUUAAGACAUCGCGUUCUGUGCAAGCGAAGGAUGAUGUGACCACACCGCAGCUGGCUGGAGAGGUUCUCGGAGCGGAGGCGGAUGAAACAGAGGCUGCUGUCGCGGUAGUAGCAGCAUCAGGGACCGUGGAUGAUAAACCGUCGGAAGAGGCAGAAGACUACUUCGGUCCAUCUCCCAUUUCAUCAGUUCGUACCGCUUCACCAAGAGGGUAUAAUGAGAACACCAUUAGCCCUGUGGUGUCUCCUGAUACCCCAGGUCCGUCUAUGGACAUCACUGGCAGUCCGAUGCCGCCUCCGGACGAGACCAUUCAGAGAUCUCCCGAGGAUCCGGAAUUCAUAUCUAGUCUGGCGAAUGCCUCACGGCGCGGUUCGGGGGCUCAAAACAAUGCCGAUUAUAUGGAGCCGUUACCCGGUGCGGUUGAUCGCAACCGCACACCGGCCGAUCCGUCUGUUCUGGCAGCGUUGAUCUUUGCCAAUGCGUCCAAACAUGAUGGGGAGGCGCAGGAUCCAUCACGUUCGGGCGGUAGCGACGGUGACGGUGUUGAUACGCCGUCAGGGGACCAACAACGGCCCGGUAGUUCUCGACAUGGGCCUUUUUCCUUCCUAAACCGUCGCCGGCCUCAUGCCAACACCAACUCGACAGGACGGACCUCGGGCCCGUCGACGUCGCAGCGGAACAGCUGUACGCGCACGCACAGCGUUAGCACAUACAGCAACAACAUGACUCCGAUCUCACCCACGACGAACGCGACCAGCUUCCUCACGGUGGAUAGCAUGGACGAUGAUGACGACGAUAAGAAGAGCGCGGGAAGCCUCAGUCGUAGCGAGCGUGAACCGGGUAGCAGUACGCGGCCAUCAACCUCGGAUCCAUCGGCCGAGCCGGACAGCAAGGCCAGCGCAGACCCAGGCAGCCAGCUCUCUGCACCUGAUAGCGGGCACAAGAGCAACUUCAUGGCUAGUCUUAUUGGAAGCCGGCCUAGCACGAGUCCACCACCGCAGUCCACAGCUACCACAAGGAGUAUCGAUGAUCGUCGUCGCUCGCGUACGCCGCCGCCACAACUGUCGCAGCAUCUCUCAUGUUCCCGUUCGCCAUCAUCUCCUCAUUCACCAUCAUCCCCUCAUUCUCCUAAUUCUCCUCAUUCUCACGCUAAUCAACAUGGCGGGGAGCACCCGCCCCGCCGGUUACCGAAGAAACGGAGUCGACUCCGUUUGGCAUUUUGGAGGCGCCGCAAUCAUCAUUCUCAUCAGCAAGAGCUGAGUGGUGAGACAUAA